AUUACAGGCAAUUGUCGCACAACUCCGCAACCGAGAAACCCGUCCGUCUUUUACUCCAACAGGCAACAGGCGUUUUAUGGGUGCGGUCACCAGCGCAAGAACAACCCCUUAUAACUAGUUAAAAUGUGCAUAUGAUGCGCUCAUAUGAAGUGUAACAGCAACAGCGCGUGCUGAAGACCAUUCGGCUAGCCAAAUCGCAACAACUUAUCGCAGACCUCCUGCCGGCGCUGCGGUGUCGUCAGCGAUGGCAUCAAUGAUGACGCAUUCCUCGGUGUUCGCCGCUCCACAGCGCUGCCAGGCCGGGCUGGGUGUGGGCCGGCUGUCAGCGAGCGCACUGGUGCCCUCGCCUCCGGGCUCUUCAUCCGCCUCCAGUGGCGCGUGGCCAGUUUCUACACCCCAGCGACCCACUGCUUGCGGUCUGUCUAUGAAACUGCCAGGCGCACGCGCUAGCGCCAGCGCCUGCGCCAGCGCCAGUGCUGCCACCACGGGCUCAAAGUCGGCGCAGCUACACGCUCACCAUCAACGCCACGUUCCACAACGCGAACACCUCCCACGACACCCAGCUCACCCACAGCGGCCGCAGCACCCGCAGCACCCGCAGCACCCGCCCCGCCUCCCCGGCCGCCGGCGGGGCCCGGGGCCGUGCCGGGCGGGGGUGCUUGAGGGGUUUUCCGGCGUGUCAAACCUCAUGGCCCCGGAGUUCGCCACCGUGUUCUCAGCCAUCAUCGCCAUCACUUCGGUCUCGAUCAAUCUGUACGGCGGACUCAUCACGGAGAAGCGCCGGGCAGAGCUUGCCAGAGAGGUGGAGAGGGAGCGGCAGACCUUGGCGGCUGCUGAGGAGGAGCGCUCGGUGGUGGCGCGCUACCGGGGGCCGCUGCUGGAGGCCACUGCCGACUUGGAGGCGCGCAUCUACCACAUAGCCACGUUGUCGGGCGAGUGGCGAAGCGGCGAGGUGGUGUGCGAGGAGGAGGUUGUGUACACGCUCUUCUGCCUGGCACAGUGGCUGGGGUUUCUGGAAGUCAUCCGACGCGAGGGGCCGCGUGAGCGCUCCUUCCUGCAGCGCAGCGGCGGCACCGGCAACACAAGCGGCGGUGCGGCUGGCGGCGGCGGUGCCGAUGGCGCCGGCGGCCCGGGUCUGCAGGGAGGCACCGACACGCUCACCACACUCGUGGAGGGGUUCCGGUUCGUGCUGUCCGCGCACCCCACCACGCUUCGCAGAUGGUACGAGCAGGGCGACGACCGCGAUCAUCCCGGACUGCGCUCGCGGCUGCUGAUGCUGCGGGGAACACCCGCGCUGCCGCCGCCACACGCCAUGCGGGCAGCCGCUGCGGCCGCUGCUGCGGCAGCGGGGGCAGGUGUGGCGGUGGCAAAGGUCGGCGGCGCGCCUCCGCACUUGCCGCCAGCGCCUGAGACGGACUGGGCGGCGGUGUCUGCAGCGGCCGCGGCCGCGGCCGCCUCCAGUAGUAGCCCCAUCCCUAGCAGCGGUGGCAGCGCGUAUGGCAUUAGCAGCACCAGCACCAGCAGCAGCGGAGGGGCAGAGCCGGCGGGCCCGUCGCAGCAGCAGCAGCAGCAGCAGCAGCAGCAGCAGCAGCAGCAGCAGCAGCCCACGUGGCGCGGGGCGUGGGUGGGCAUGGCCAACGGCGGCGUGGGUGCGGGCGGCGGGCCAGCGCUGCCGCCGCCGCCCACACAGCCAGUGAUGCUGCUGCCGGCGGGGUUCAACUCACCGGGGUCGGUUGGGCGGCCGCCGGCGUACGGCCCCGGCGCGGGGUCCGAGCUCGUCAUUGGGAGCCUGGACGAGUUGAGCCUGCAGGAGGCCGGUUUCAAUGCCGACGCCAACGGCGACGGCGACGGCAACUCCUCCUCUUUCUCCACGUCGCCACCGCCGCAGCCACAGCAGCAGCAGCAGCAGCAGCAGCAGCAGCAGCUACAGCUACAGCCACUGCCGCCGCCGCCGCAGAGCCCCAUGCCCGGCGCGGCGCCGCGUUACCCCCCGCCCGAGCCCACGACACUGACCGUGCCGCCGCCGCCGUCCGCCGCCGGCGCGCCGCCAUCGGCUGGCGGCAACGCCGUCGCUGCCGCGAUGAUGUUUGCUGACUUCGGUCCUUCACUCGCGAGUCUCAGCAGCCUCAGCAGCAUCGACGAAGGCUCCUUCUCGGGCUUUGGCGGCGCCGCGGCUUUUGGUGGAGGACUGGAGGGGCUCGGAGCUGGCGGUGGUGCAGCUGCGGCAGCUGCAGCAGCUGCAGCCGGGCGGGAGGGGGGCUACGAGGCGGCGGGCGGGCGGCUGUCGGCGCCACGUGAUGUGUUUCACAUGUCGCGUGGCACGCAGCGCUCCAUUGGGUCCAUGAUGGUGGUCACGCCCAUGGGCGCCAAGCGCCACUACACCACCAGCUACGGCGACUUCUACAACCGCUACUACCUGGACCCUGUGUUCGCCAGCUGGCUGCGGCCGGUGCACACUGACAUCCUGGCGCUGGUGGGCGGCAGGAGGUGGACGGGGCAGGGGCCCUUCCCGCUCAACAGGUGGACUCGGCUGCUCCUGCUGCAGCAGCUGCUGGUUGAGGCCAUCGACCUGCUGGACCCGGCGCACGUGCGCGUGCCCGCCAACCGCCGCGUGGUGCUGGCACCCAUCAGCUUCCGCGAGGCGCCCGAGCUGGAGGCGUACAGGGCGCGCAUGCGCGAGAUGAGUCAGGUGGAGUCGCCGCUGCAGAUGCAACAAAGCGCGGACGCCGCCGCCGCCGCCAGUCCCUUGGGCCGGCUCCGCGCCUGGGUGCAGGGCCUGUCGGCGCAGCAGGUGGGGGCUGGGGAGGCAGGAGCCGCCCCUGCAGCCUCGACUUCGUCGUCGUCGGGGGCGGCGACAGGAGGCAUCUACACGCCUGACCUGGUGUCCACGACAGCGGCGGCUGCGGCGCUGGGCGCGGCGGGGAACGGAGACGGCGCGGUGGCGGCGGGACAGCAGCAGCAGCAAGCUACGGUGGUGGUGGUGGCGCCGGGGAGUGCGGGCGGCGCCAGCAAUGGAAACAGUGGUGGCAACGGCACGGGGCGGUAGAGCUAUCAGCGCGCACGGCUUAGUGACAACCAAAGCACUGCCGGGGCCAUUCGCGUAUCCCGAGGACACGGCAGUGACCCGCCCCUGUAAUAUGGCUAUGCG